GCGCGCGCCGGCGCGGUCCCGGCCGGGCACAUCCCGAUCCCGGGCAGUGCCCGCCGGAGCUCGGAGCGCUCGGAGUGGGGUCCGGCAGCCGCACGGCCACCUGCCCGCAGCCCGCGGGGGCACCGCCGCGAAGGGCAGCUCCCCGCCCAGUUUGCCGCGCCUCAGGAAGUCCCUCGGACCUGUCCGAAGUGGGGCCGCGGCCGCUCCGUCCGCUCCCCUGCGCGCCGUGUGCGGGCGAAGAUGCCGAAGAAGAAGCCCGGGCCGAUCCAGCUGAACCCCGCUCCUGAUGGAUCCGCCGUGAACGGGACCAGCUCUGCGGACUCUGCUCAAUCCUGCCCUUCUCUCCCGUGCAGGACAAAUCUGGAGGCCCUUCAGAAGAAGCUGGAGGAGCUGGAGCUGGAUGAGCAGCAGCGGAAGCGCCUGGAGGCAUUCCUCACCCAGAAACAGAAGGUUGGGGAGCUGAAGGAUGAUGACUUUGAGAAGAUCAGUGAGCUGGGAGCAGGCAAUGGUGGUGUGGUCUUCAAAGUGUCUCACAAACCCUCCGGCCUCAUCAUGGCAAGAAAGUUAAUCCACCUGGAGAUCAAGCCAGCCAUCCGCAACCAGAUCAUCCGGGAGCUGCAGGUGCUGCACGAGUGCAACUCCCCCUACAUCGUGGGCUUCUAUGGAGCCUUCUACAGUGAUGGGGAGAUCUCCAUCUGCAUGGAGCACAUGGAUGGUGGCUCCUUGGAUCAAGUGCUGAAAAAGGCUGGGAGGAUUCCAGAGCAGAUCCUGGGCAAAGUUAGCAUUGCGGUAAUAAAAGGACUCACAUAUCUGAGAGAAAAACAUAAAAUAAUGCACAGAGAUGUAAAACCAUCCAACAUUUUGGUAAACUCUAGAGGUGAAAUCAAGCUUUGUGACUUUGGUGUCAGUGGGCAGCUGAUAGAUUCCAUGGCAAACUCCUUUGUUGGCACACGCUCCUACAUGUCUCCUGAGAGGCUGCAGGGCACUCACUACUCGGUGCAGUCAGACAUCUGGAGCAUGGGGCUGUCCCUGGUGGAGAUGGCCAUUGGCAGGUACCCCAUCCCCCCUCCUGACUCCAAGGAGCUGGAGCUGAUGUUUGGCUGCCCCGUGGAGGGGGAUUCUCCAGUCACAGAGACCUCGCCCAGGCAAAGAGCGCCCGGCCGGCCCAUGAGCUCCUAUGGAUCAGACAGCAGACCCCCAAUGGCAAUCUUUGAACUUCUGGAUUACAUCGUCAAUGAGCCACCUCCAAAACUGCCCAAUGGUGUCUUUGGUUCUGAAUUUCAAGAUUUUGUUAACAAAUGUUUAAUUAAAAAUCCUGCUGAGAGAGCCGACUUGAAGCAGCUGAUGAUCCAUGCUUUCAUCAAGAGAUCCGAGGCGGAGGAGGUGGAUUUUGCGGGGUGGCUCUGCUCCACCAUCGGCCUUAACCAGCCCAGCACCCCCACGCACGCCGCCGGCGUCUGAGCCCGGGGCCAGCUCCUGGACUGUACCUCUGGUGACAACCACGCUCUCCUGGUCCUCUCUCCUCAGCUUGUACCUGUUCCAACAUGUCUUUCACCUCUUGAGGAAGAAUGUCUUGAUAGCAUGUGCCAAAACGGUUUUAAAUCUCGUCCUAAACUAAUUGGUAUCGUUCCGGGUUCCGUCGUUCACUGACCAAAUGUAAGCUGUGUAAGUUCCAGUGCUUGCUGAUUUUAGGUGAUUAUGGAUAUUCUUUCUUAAUGAAAAUAUCACUGGGGCAGGGGGGGGUUGGCCCCUGGCUUGUUUGAACUUUAUCAAGACUCUUUGUAAAUCGUUGGUACUUCAAUCAUGCUUUCCCUGAGCUCCCCGGGAUCGGGAUGCUCCGAGCCUGUCUGUGAGCAUGCUUUGCUGCUGCCCAGCUGUUCCCAAAAGUUAGGCUCCAAUUUUGCUGUUGUCUAGAGAUCUCUCUCUUUGCAGGUGAAGAAGGCAAGAGCCCUGCGUUUCUCAGAAUGCACAGGGCAAUAUUCUAAUUGUAGACUUGUUCAUAUUUCUAUAUUUAUUUUUCAAACAUAUCAUCAUCCUUGGAUUUAGUGAUGUAUGUCUUUCUAAUUGAUUUUUAAAAGUUAGUUCUUGGAAGUGUCCUAUGGAAUCAAGACAAUGAUCCAAGCACUUUGCUUUCUUUUAACCUAAAGAGUCAUGACAACUGUGUUUAGUGUCUAAAAGUGUAUGAAAAUCCUUUAUUGUUUUAUUCUCUCAGAUGUUUAGCAAUGGGUUCUCUUAAUAAAUAUAUUAUCAAGUAA